GUCUUUUGAGAAAAAUGUGUCGGGUGUACAACGCCGUGCCUGGUAAAAUACAAAUGGACUAAAUGUGUCGGGUCCAACUUGACACCAUUCUUAUUGACUAUGUAUGACUAGUAAUAAGACGUACUCCAUACAAUGAAAAACCUGAGAUAUGCCAAACUUGAUUAGUUGUAUCUUUUAUGUCUUCUUAAAAAUUUUGAGACCCUAUAUAUACAUGUACACAUGUAUAUAUUUCAUAUAUGGUCAGAUUUGAAUUCAAUCAUCACCUACAAAGAUUUUAAUCUAAACACAUGGAAUACAACUUUCUUGUCUACAUAAUUUUCCCUUUCCUUUUUCUUAUAUCUAUAAAAUUAUUAUUAUUUUCCAAUAGAAGACUCAAAAAAAUUCCACCAUGCCCACCUUCUUUUCCCAUAAUUGGCAAUCUCCAUCAACUUAAACAACCAAUUCACCUAUAUUUUCAUGAACUCUCCCAAAAAUAUGGUCCUAUUUUCACCCUUAAAUUUGGGUCUCAACUUGUAGCCGUAGUUUCAUCGGCGUCUAUUGCCGAAGAAUGUUUCACCAAAAAUGAUAUUAUUUUCGCAAACCGUAUACACUCUCUUAAAACCAAGUAUCUUGCUUUCGAUAACACAAGCCUUAUUACCUCAUCGUAUGGAGAUCAUUGGCGUAAUUUACGUCGUAUAAGCUCACUAGAAAUUCUCUCUACUCACCGUCUCAACUCUUUUUCAGAAAUCCGUAAAGACGAGACCAUGAGGUUAGUUCGAGAACUUGCUAAGAACUCUAACAAAGACUUCACAAAAGUUGAGCUUAGAUCUUUGUUUGCUGAGCUAACAUUUAACACAAUCAUGAGAAUGGUUUGUGGUAAACGCUUUUAUGGUGAUGAAUCUGAUGGAACAAACGCCGAUGAGGCAAAGAAAUUUCGAGAUGUCAUGAAUGAGAUUCAAGAGUUUGGGUUGGGAUCCUAUCUUGGUGAUUUUGUGCCUUUAUUCAGAUUGUUUGAUUUUAGUGGUUAUAAGAAUAAGUUAAAAAGGGUUGGAGAGAAGAUGGAUGCACUUUUUCAAGGACUAGUUGAUGAUCAUCGUAAGAACAAAAAGGAAAAUAAAAAUACCAUGAUUGAUCACUUACUUUCCUUACAAGAAUCACAACCAGAAUAUUACAGCGACCAAAUUAUCAAAGGGCUUAUUAUGUCAUUGAUAGUUGCUGGAACAGAAACUUCCGCUAUAACAUUAGAGUGGGCGAUGGCUAAUUUGUUAAACCAUCCAGAUGUAUUGGAAAAGGCAAGGAUUGAAUUGGACAAUCACAUUGGACAAGAGUGCUUAAUUGAAGAAGAAAAAGCUACAAAAUUACAAUACCUUCAAAAUAUUAUCUCUGAGACGCUGCGAUUGCAUCCGGCGGCACCAAUGUUGAUACCACAUGUAUCAUCUGAUGGUUGUACCGUGGGAGGCUAUGAUGUGCCUCAAAACACAAUAUUGAUGGUUAAUGCAUGGGAUAUUCAUAGGGACCCUAAUUUGUGGGCUGAUCCAACGAGCUUUAAGCCUCAGAGGUUUGAGAAUAGUCAGCAAGCAGACAUGCAUGGCUUUAUUCCUUUUGGUAUGGGGAGGAGGUCCUGUCCUGGAUCAGGAUUAUCCCUAAGAACUUUAAGCUUAACUCUGGGCUCGUUGAUUCAAUGUUUUGAGUGGAAAAGAGUUAACAAUGAAGAAGUUAACAUGACUGAAGGACGCGGAACGGUGAUACCAAUGGCCAUUCCAUUGGAGGCCCAAUGCAAAGUGCGUCCAAUAAUCAAUAACAUUUUCUCUUAGCCCAUAUAGAGUUUUGCUCUAGCUUUAAAAGAUACCAUCACAAGUGGACGGUGGAAUCAAUCCCAUCAAAUUAGUCGAUCAUUGAGCUGGAUACCGAAUUUUAAAAAUAAAAAUAAAAUAUUCUCUUAGCAAUUGUGUGUUUGUCAAUGGUUCAAAUUAUAUGAGACUUAUGAAUAAUGAGUGGCAAAGUUUUUCUCUGGUGUCCGAGGCCAUUCAAUUGUUUACUAUUUUUCAUUAGACAAAAGAUAGUUUCAAAAGCUGAAGAAGUGUUUCUAGAACAGUAUAAGAUGUUAUGUUACUUAGAUUUUUUCUUUAUGUAUUGUUGACGUUAGUGUGUAUGUAUGUAACUAUGUAUAAAGAAUCAUUUAAUUAUAUUGUAGCCAAUGUAUUAUUUUGAAUCUUAA